GAGCUGAAGGUUGCCUGAUUAGACAGUUAGGUAUUGAGUUGUAUAUUGUGUGAAUGGAGGGUUUAAUAGUACCAGCUUGUAAUGAGAUAGCUGGCUAAUGGGCUGUAUAUUCCUGUAUGGAGGGAGCCCUUUAUAAAUGACCACAGUGUGUCUGUCAGAGUGAAAGGACAGCUAUUAUGUGUGCUGGUGUGUGAAGGUGAGGGGUGGAUCAUUAUCAAAAAGUUAGACUGUUAGAAAGGGAAUGUAGAAUUAAGAAAUGAUAUAGGAAGAGAGGACUAAUACAAGGACAGGACAAGGCAGCGACUGCUAUAUAGAGGGCACAGUGACACUGGGAAACACCGAAGAACCAAGAAUCGAAGAGACGAAAAGAAGACCUGAGGCAAUGAAUUGGGCAGGCUUCUACGCGAUCCUAAGUGGAGUGAAUCGUCACUCCACGGGCAUCGGACGGAUAUGGCUGUCUGUGGUGUUCAUCUUCCGUAUCAUGGUCCUUGUGGUGGCAGCAGAAAGUGUUUGGGGGGAUGAGAAGUCUGCGUUUACUUGCAACACACAACAGCCAGGUUGUAACAGUGUGUGCUAUGACCACUUUUUCCCCAUCUCACAUAUCCGCUUGUGGGCUCUUCAACUCAUUAUUGUGGCCACGCCUGCCCUCUUGGUAGCCAUGCAUGUGGCACACCAGCAACACCAGGAGAAGAGGCUGCUACGCUUGACCGGACAUGGAGACCCUAGCGAAUUGGCGGAGGUGAAGAAACACAAGAUCAGAAUCUCUGGUACUCUGUGGUGGACAUACACAUUAAGUGUGAUCUUCAGGAUCAUAUUUGAGGCAGUCUUUAUGUAUAUAUUCUACCUCAUCUACCCUGGUUAUAACAUGAUACGUCUUGUUAAGUGCGAUGCCUAUCCAUGCCCCAACACUGUGGACUGUUUCGUGUCUCGCCCCACAGAGAAAACCAUCUUUACGGUCUUCAUGCUUGCUGCCUCCGGGGUAUGUAUCAUUCUGAACGUGGCCGAAGUAAUAUUUCUAAUUGGAAAGGCUUGUUCUCGAAGAGGUCGUAGUCGGGAUAGCUCCUAUGGAGAUCAAGAGCAACGGCAAAAUGAGAUGAACACUCUGCUCAAAGGAGGUAGUCUUAUCAAACGGGCGCCGGGGAGCCAGGAGAAACUGGAACACUGCUCUACAUCCUAGAGAUUUGUGUCUUUGGCCUCACCUCUGGACAUAAAAGACAGAGACAAGCUGACAUCACUAUUUAUGUUACAUCGGCCUAAACCACACAUGGGAUUGUUUACAAAUUUCAUACACGGAUAGAGAUAGAACAAAGCAAGGAGACAAGCAAAACUGAACAAGUGAAAGACUAACUUAAGUCUUGAAUGUCUGGUCAAGACAAGCCAGUGAUUGUGCAUUAAUAGUCGUUGUGGGCAAAUGCCCAAAAGUAUCUUUACCAUGUUUGGCUGUUCUGACAUUCCAUUGCCAUGUUGAUUGCACAUCCACUGAUAGUGGUCUACUCUGCACCAGUGCCUCACACAGUAUUCUUCAAUAACUAUGGGGAGUGGUGCUUUUCACUAAAGGGCAUUUUUGAGGGGGCAGGGGGGGGGGGGGGGGGUUGUGUUUGAGUUUAUACUGCCAAAAAUUGAGAUUGUUUUAAUAUUCACAUGAAUUGUUAUUAUUAUAAUAAAACUGAGCAUAAAACAUUAAA